AUGGCCAAAGCGACGGAGACCAGUUUGAGUUACCAGCAGUGGGGCGCGUUGGAGUUGUCCCGGCCACGGCCGCUGGCCCCGUACUGCCAGUCGGAAGAGCCCGUUAACGGUCGCACCGUGUACACCGUCAGUUACCGGCCACCCGAGUCGUUCCGUGACCCGUUGCCCGGCGAACAGCCCCCGACCAACGACAUCGUAAAAUUACAAACAUCAUUUAUUCCACAAAACGUAUUAUUUUAUCAAACACCACUUAUGUAUUCAGCCGUUGAGAACGUGGAUGAUUUUCAAAUUUUAUAUGAUGGUUCUAUUGGAAAUGAUGCUAUUGGGCAUUGGCUAUGUGUGUAUUAUCGUAAUGAAACUAAGUGCGUAGAAGUGUACGAUAGUCUAUACCAUACGCUUAAUGAUAAUUUAUUUGAGAUUUUGGAUAUUUUAUAUCCUUCAAAAUCCAAUGUUGUGUUUAAGUCUGUUAUAAAACAGCCAGAUGGGUAUUCAUGUGGAGUUUUUGCAAUUGCAUUUGCUACAUCACUAAUAUUUGGACGUAAUCCAUCGGAUGAAUGUUAUAUUAUCGAUUACAACAAUAUGAUAUGUAAAACCUGGACGUUACGUAACCAUUUAAAUAACAUAUUAGUCAGUACAUUAUUACAACCUUUCCCCACUCACCAUUCACAUGUAGCCCAGAGGCGUAAAAAGCGUAAAAGUAUAAUUAAUAAAAAUAUCAGAACUGCUAUGCAAGGUAAUAAAAAAAAUAUUGAAUGGAACAAUAAAGAAAAGUCUGCUUUUAAUUAUUCGCCAAUUGUAGAUUACAAAAAUAGUAGACACAUUAAAAUUGGACUCAUGGAUAAAUUGUGUAAUUUUUGUGAUGCUUUAAAAUGGUCUGCGGAAUCCCCAGGACUGUGCUGUUCGAACGGUAAAAUUAAAUUACAAUCUAUUGAAGAUCCACCAGAACCGUUACGUAGUCUUAUUUUUGGUGAAAAUAUUACAAAAUCUAAAUCUUUUCUGACUGCAAUAAGAAAAUAUAAUUGUGCGUUUCAAAUGACCUCUUUUAGAGGAAAACAAAUUUUACAUGAUAAAUUCAUGCCAACUUUUAAGAUACAAGGGCAAAUAUACCAUACUGCAGGCAGUUUAUUCCCCGUGCAUUCAAGUGAACCAAAGUUUUUACAAAUAUACUUUGUAGGCAAUGACAAUUCCGAAGCUGAAUUCAGGCAUAAAAAUAUUCCUAACAUCGACCCCAUAAUUGUAAUUGUAAUCGAGUUACAAAAAAUGCUUCAUUUACAUAACAAUCUUAUAAGAUCUUUUAAGGCUGCUAUAGAUUCACAUGAAAAUGAAAAUAUGGAAAACUUAAAUAUAGUUAUACAUGCAGAACGAGUAACCUAUGGCAAUCAUCCUGGACGUUUUAAUGCACCUUCAGUUAAUGAAGUCGGUAUCGUGAUAGACGGUCAACAAUUCGAAAAGCGUGAUAUAGUUCUUAAUGGUCGAAAUAAUACGUUGAAACGUAUUAAUGAAUUACAUAGAUCAUAUGAUGCCCUACAAUAUCCUCUCAUGUUCUGUCGUGGUGAGGACGGAUACAACAUAGCUAUUCCGAAAUUUGAUCCCACGAAAAAUCAAGCAGAUAAAAAAAAUAUGUCAGCAUCUAGCUUUUAUUCGUAUAGAAUCAUGAUACGGAAAAAUAAUAGCAACUAUUUACAUUAUUUUCACAAUUAUAUACAUUUACAAGACUCUAUCAAUAAUGAAAUCGAUCCUAAAGAUAUAGGACAAUUAGUUGUUUUGCCAUCCUCAUUUACAGGUGGUCCAAGGUAUAUGCAUGAAAGGACCCAGGAUGCUAUGACUUAUGUAAGAUUAUAUGGAAAACCAGAUAUAUUUUUAACAUUUACAUGCAAUCCAAAUUGGUCUAAAAUACAGGAAAAUUUAUAUCAAGACCAGCGGCCACAAGACAGACAUGAUUUAAUUGCCCAAUGGCAAAAACGAGGUUUGCCACAUGUUCACAUUUUAAUUUGGUUGGAAAAUAAAAUCCGACCUGACGAUAUAGAUUCCCUUAUAUGUGCUGAAAUUCCUGACCCAAUACAAGAUCCAAUUUUACACGAAAUAGUUAGAAAAAAUAUGAUACAUGGUCCAUGUGGUACCUUUAAUGGAAACAGCAAAUGCAUGUCUAAUGGGAAAUGCACAAAAAAAUUUCCAAAACAUUUUACCACUACAACUAUAACUGGAGAAGAUGGUUAUCCCAAUUACAGAAGAAGAUGUAUUAAAAGUGGAGGAUUCAGUGUGAAAAUUAGUUGUAAUGGUGUAUCUACUGAUAUUGGGAAUCAAUGGGUAGUACCGUAUAAUCCAGUUCUUCUCAGAUUAUUCGAUGCUCAUAUAAAUAUAGAACAUUGUAGUUCUAUUAAAGCUAUUAAAUAUAUUUGCAAAUAUAUUAAUAAAGGUUCAGAUCAGGCUACAUUUUCUGUAGAAAAACAAAGUAAAGAUGAAAUAACUUCAUAUCAAUCUGGUAGAUAUGUUAGUUCUUCAGAAGCUGUAUGGCGUAUUUUAUCUUUUCCUAUACACGAGAGAUAUCCAUCUGUUUUCCAUUUAUCUGUUCACCUGGAAAAUGGUCAACGAGUGUAUUUCACAACAAAUAAUGUUACUGAAAAGAUAAGCAAACCACCAACAACUACUCUUACAGCAUUUUUUGAACUUUGUAAAACUGAUAGUUUUGCAAAAACGUUAUUAUACCACGAGGUGCCAAAAUAUUACACUUACAACAAUUCAAAAUUCAACAGAAGAAAACGUGGUAUACCUGUUGAUGGUUAUAAAGGUAUAAUGAGAGACACGACAAUAGGAAGAGUAUACACCGUGCAUCCGAGUAACACAGAAUGUUUUCAUUUGCGUUUAUUACUACACACAGUACCUGGCCCAACCUCAUUUAACCAACUUAAAACGGUAAAUGGACAAUGUUAUUUGACUUUUCAGUCCGCAUGUUUAGCUUUAGGUCUUCUAGAAGACGAUAAACAUUGGGAUGAUACUAUGUCUGAAGCAGUUCUAACAAAAAAAUCAUCACAGGUUCGAAAUUUAUUUGCUAUUUUAAUAUCUUUUUAUUUAGAGUUAGAUUUCACAGCCCACGCUCAAAAUGAGGCAUUAAUUUCUAUAGAAGACCAAGUUUUAUCGUGCAUAGGAAAAUCUUUAUCAGAUUUUGGAUUGCCAAAACCUCACAAAGAUAAUAUACAAACCAUAAAUCGUGAAUAUUUACAACAAACAAACUACAACAUCACAGAUUUAAUGGAAUAUGUUAAUAACAACAAAACUAUGAUGACUUCAGAACAAAAUAAUGUGUUUGAUCAUGUCAUUAAUUGUGUUGAGGAGUCAACAGGUAAUAUUUUCUUUUCGGAUGCUCCUGGGGGCACUGGAAAAACAUUUAUUAUUAAUUUGUUGUUAGCAAAAAUCCGAUCAUCCGGUAAAAUUGCUAUAGGUGUGGCAUCAUCGGGAAUAGCAUCAACGUUAAUCCACGGUGGUAAGACUGCACAUUCAAUGUUCAAGCUACCAAUAGACUUAAACAUUACCAAUACCCCAGUUUGUAAUAUAAAAAAAAAUUCACCAUUAGCCAAAGUAUUAACCGAUUGUGUACUAAUUGUGUGGGAUGAGUGCACAAUGGCUCAUAAAUCGGGCGUAGAGGCUUUAGAUCGAACAUUACGGGAUAUUCGGUCAUCAGAUAAAACUAUGGGAGGCAUCACAUUAGUAUUUGCGGGAGAUUUUAGACAAACAUUACCGGUUGUUCCACGGGGAACACGAUCUGAUCAAAUAAAUGCGAGCCUAAAAUCAUCUACGAUUUGGUUGAAAGUAAAAAAAUUGUCUCUUACUGUAAAUAUGCGAACCAAAUUAACAGGAGAUAUACACGCAGGAGAAUUUUCUACAUUACUCUUAAAUAUUGGUAGCGGAACUGUAAAUGAUAAGGAUGGAUACAUAACAAUUUUAAAAAAACUAGCAGUAUCGACAAAUUCGUUGGAACAACUGAUACAAAGUGUGUACCAAGAUAUUGGGAAUUUGAAAAAUCUGAAUAGUGAAUGGUUAUGCGAACGCGUUAUUUUAACAACUACAAAUAACCGAGCUGACACAAUAAACUCACUAAUAGUUAGUGGAUUUCAAGCACUAGAAAUGGAUUACUUUUCUAUCGAUACAGUUAUUGAUAGUGAAGAAUCGGUACAUUUUCCUACAGAGUUCUUAAAUUCACAAACACCAUCUGGUAUGCCUCCUCAUAAAAUAUCACUGAAGGUGGGGGUUCCAAUCAUAUUAUUGAGAAAUUUGAAUUCUCCUAGAUUAUGUGACGGGACUAGGCUUCGUGUCACCUCUCUUACAAAAAAUGUAAUCGAAGCUGAAAAAUUGACCGGAUGUGCUAAGGGAGAAAAAAUAUUUUUACCGAAAAUACCAUUAUACCCCAACGAUUUUCCAGUUAAGUUUAGAAGAGUUCAGUUUCCAAUAAAAAUCUGUUUUGCAAUGACAAUAAACAAAGCUCAAGGUCAGACUUUAACUUAUUGUGGUGUAGAUUUAGAAAAUAACUGUUUCUCACACGGACAAUUGUAUGUGGCAUUUUCUAGAGUUGGAAGACCUGACCACUUGUACGUUUAUGCACCACAAAAUAAAACUCUAAAUGUGGUAUACCAAGAGGUUUUGACUUAA